GGAAUAACAAAUCAAAAACCUAAAUUCAGUUUUGAUAAAAAAAAAAGAAAACCUAAAUUCAGUAUUCAAAUGGGGAGUAUCGGAGGAGAAGUAUACACUAUGUUAUGCGGCGGAGAGAUCAAGAAAAACACCAUGGUGGUUACCGCUGAUCCUCUCAACUGGGGAGCUGCAGCAGAGCAAAUGAAAGGGAGCCAUUUGGAUGAAGUGAAGAGAAUGGUUAAUGACUUUAGGAAGCCUGUGGUGAAUCUCGAAGGAGAGACUCUUACCAUUGGACAAGUGGCAGCAGUCUCGACCUUUGGAAAUGGUGUGAAGGUGGAGUUGUCAGAGACGGCUAGAGCCGGUGUGAAAGCUAGUACUGAUUGGGUGAUGGAGAGUAUGGUCAAAGGCGCUGAUAGUUAUGAUGCUGCUUCUCGGAGAACCAAAGACGUUGUCGCACUUCAGAAUGAACUUAUAAGAUUCAUGAACGCUGGAAUAUUCGGGAACAAGACCGAAACAUGCCACACACUACCACACUCCACCACAAGAGCAGCCAUGCUUGUACGUAUCAACACUCUCCUCCGAGGAUACUCCGGCGUCCGUUUCGAGAUCCUCGAAGCCAUCACCUCUUUCCUCAACACAAACAUCACUCCAUCUCUCCCUCUCCGCGGCUCACUCACCGCCUCCGGAGACCUCAUCCCUCUCUCCUACGUCGCUGGACUCCUCACCGGCCGUCCCAACUCCAAAGCCACUGGUCCUAAUGGCGAAUCCUUAAACGCAGAAGAAGCCUUCAAAAUGGCGGGAAUCACCUCAGGCUUCUUCGAUUUUCAACCUAAGGAAGGUCUCGCGCUCGUCAAUAGCACGGCGGUUGGAUCCGGCCUGGCGUCGGUGGUGCUAUUCGAAGCGAACGUUCUCUCCGUCUUAGCUGAGAUUCUUUCCGCGGUUUUUGCGGAGGUAAUGAGCGGGAAACCGGAGUUCACCGAUCAUUUAACUCAUAGACUCAAACAUCACCCCGGCCAGAUCGAGGCCGCGGCGAUCAUGGAGCAUAUCCUGGACGGAAGCUCGUACAUGAAGUUAGCUAAGAGACACCAUGAGAUGGAUCCGUUACAGAAACCGAAACAAGACCGUUACGCACUCCGUACAUCACCUCAAUGGCUAGGUCCUCAGAUAGAAGUGAUCCGUUACUCAACAAAAUCGAUCGAGCGUGAGAUUAACUCUGUUAACAACAAUCCGUUGAUCGACGUUGCGAGAAACAAAGCAGUUCAUGGUGGAAACUUCCAGGGGACACCGAUUGGUGUCUCCAUGGACAAUACUCGCCUCGCGAUCGCAUCCAUCGGGAAGCUCAUGUUCGCUCAGCUCUCUGAGCUUGUCAACGAUUUCUACAACAACGGCUUACCUUCGAACCUAACUGCUUCUAGGAACCCGAGUUUGGAUUAUGGAUUCAAAGGAGCAGAGAUCGCGAUGGCUUCCUACUGUUCGGAGCUUCAGUACUUGGCUAAUCCAGUGACAAGCCAUGUUCAGUCCGCGGAGCAACACAACCAAGAUGUUAACUCUCUUGGUCUGAUCUCAUCUCGUAAGACUUCGGAAGCUGUUGACAUUCUCAAACUCAUGUCCGCAACUUUCCUUGUCGCCAUUUGCCAAGCUGUUGAUCUGAGACACUUGGAGGAGAAUCUGAAACAAACUGUUAAGAACACAGUCUCUCAAGUCUCUAAGAAAGUUCUAACUAAUGGAGUCAACGGUGAGCUUCAGGUAUCUCGCUUAUGCGAGGAAGAUUUACUCAAAGUUGUAGACCGUGAACAAGUCUACACAUACGCUGAUGAUCCAUGCAGCGCCACCUACCCGUUAAUCCAGAAGCUAAGACAAGUUAUUGUUGACCAUGCUUUGAUCAACGGCAAGAGGGAGAAGAACGUAGUGAAUUUCAUCUUCCAAAAGAUUGGAGCUUUCGAGGAAGAGCUCAAGGCGGUGCUUCCAAAAGCAGUGGAGGCAACUAGAGCGGCGUAUGAUGACGGAAGAGCUCAUAUCCCAAACCGGAUAAAGGAGUGUAGGUCAUAUCCUUUGUAUAGAUUCGUGAGGGAAGAGCUUGGAACAAAGCUUCUGACUGGAGAGAGAGUGACGUCGCCAGGAGAAGAGUUUGAUAAGGUUUUCACUGCGAUUUGUGAAGGGAAGAUCAUUGAUCCGAUGAUGGAAUGCCUUAACGAGUGGAACGGAGCUCCCAUUCCAAUAUUUUAAAUAUUGUCUAUCACAACAUCAACUAAGUGUGGCAUAUAUUAUCCAUAAUAAUCAACACCAACUAUACUAUAUGUGGUGUGUAGUGUAAGAUAUUUCUUGUGUUGUGUGUAAUGUAAAAUAUCAAAUAUCUAAGGAAUAUUUCUUAGUUCUUGUAAUAUAAAUAAGGAGAUUUGUAAUUCAAAGCUUAGUUACUACUCUUUUGCCGAGGAUAAAUCGACAAACG